AUGGACGACACACAACGCGUAGCCUUCCGGCCCUGGACUGGCACUUGUCAUGCUCCACGAUACCCCUCCUCCGCGACGGUUUGGGCCCCAGACGACACUGAUAGAGGCGUGACCACGGCCCACAUAUACGUCGACGCGAGUACCUUAGACAGCCCUGACCAUGUUAGACUGUGCAAGUGCCCCUGUUCCGGUAGUACCUGGGUACACGCGGUAUCGAUUAGCCAUCCUCACUAUCUCGUUCCCGCAAUACCACACCAUUUUCCUUUCUGUCAAUCUUCCCUCUCGCCCUGA